ACGUGUUUUUGAAUAAAAAUUUAAUCAACUAAAAUUAAAAUGGAACCCCAAGAUGCCGGCGCCGGCGCUACCAAGACGGCGGCCGUGGCCGCGUGCAUCGGCAUGGCUGUGUUCUACGUUGCAAUUCUCUAUUCCCCAACUCUGAUUCUUCGAUUUCCCCCGCCUGAUUCCUCUAAUUCCUUCCUCAAACGACGUUUCAUAUGCGCUGCCGUGUCUUCAAUCGUCUCAAUGAUCGUUUCCAUCCUCAUGCUCCCCAUAACAAGAUGGGAUGCAUCAAGUCUGCUUGGUGUUUAUGGCAUCAGAACGGAUCACAUUUGGCAAGCUCUGGCCUACCCGCUUUUGCUGACUGCCUUCAUGUACUCUGGUUCCUUUGCCUUGAAGUUUUUAUCUAUGCUUCAAACUAGCAGAGAAUAUUUUGAGAGUGGUGGAGAUCUUUCAGUUGCAUGUAUUAAGAGCAUUUUCUUGAGGAUAAUUGAUUGGGCAGUUUCAACAGCUUCCUGCAUGUCAUCAUGGCGUAACUAUUUUGUGCAUUAUACUGCCCUGUUUAGUGGUGGGUGGUUUAGCAAACAUACAAGAUUGAACCAAAGUCUCUUGCCCAUACAUCUGGACUCCCAGGCUCCACUUACAGAAGAGUUGGUAUUCAGAGCUUGUAUGAUCCCUUUGCUUCUGUGUGGAGGAUUCAGUACUUACACUGUUAUAUUUAUAUGUCCAGUAUUUUUCAGUUUAGCUCAUCUGAACCACUUAUUGGAGUUUUAUUUCCAAAGGAACUACAGCUUUCUCAAAGCCUGUCAAGUUGUAGGUUUCCAGUUGGUAUACACUGUCAUUUUCGGGGCAUAUGCGUCAUUUCUUCUCAUUCGUACCGGGCAUUUAACUGCUCCAUUAGUUGCUCAUAUGUUUUGCAACUUCAUGGGCUUACCUGUGAUACUCUCUGGGAGAUCUGGAAUGGUGAGUCUGGUAUUUCUACUCGGGAUGGUGAGUUUCAGCAAGAUGCUUUUCCCUUUGACGAACCCGCAUUUGUACAACAGCGAAACACACAGUUGCAGCUGUUGGCAUAGAUACUGCAGUUGGAGCUAACCCAGUUUUGCAACAAGCUGCAGUUUGUGUUGUGCCAAAGAUUAUCCAAGUUUGGUUGUAAUUUACUCAUUUACUAACAUACUCCAUAUGAAUGGUGUAUUUAUAUUUCUGAAUGUAAUAGGAGUAUUAAAUUGAUACAUUGAGUGAGGAUAUUUUGAGUAAAUUAAUGAGAAAUUUAGUCAAGAAGAAA